UCUAGGUCAUGUGACUGCGAAGCCCUAUUUAUAUGUCAUAUUAUGUCAUCUAUACACAGUGCACAGCUUAUGCAUAUAUAUAUAUAUUCCCACGGUCUAAGUUGCAGAUGAACUGGGAUAUUUCGCAAGCGAAUUCUCAACAUGUCCAGUUUAGGGGCCUGCUAUCACAGCUCUUCUUUGCGGCUGCAUUCAAUGUAUUCUGCACAUUCUAACAUGUCUUCCAAAGGACUCUCGCUCCAUACUACAAUUCAUCAUUUAAACCUGGGAGCCAGCCGAUUAUCAAUGCCGCCGAUCGCAAGGUGUUAUGUACUCCUAGACGAAACUAAACUUUCAGGAACGGGUAGAGUAGCUCAUCCAGCAGGGAUCCGAACGGGGCUGGAAGGAGUUCAAGCCAGUGAUCGAUGCCAAUUCGAUUGUGGUUCUGUCACCGGUGUAUGCGGAGGAGAUCCAAUCGGAUCCACGGCUUUUGUUCUCGCAAUACAAAGCAAAGAAUGGCACAUAGUCAACCGUUAUAGCACUCCCGUUUCAUGUAUUGCUCAGCUUACUUCCCGGGUCUUCUUGGGUCCUGAGCUAUGCCGUGAUCCGGACUGGCAUAAAAUUACAAUCAACCAUGCGAUCAGCAGCUUCAGUGCCGCCGCUGAGCUGCGCAAGUGGUCUGCUUCCCUGCGCUCCACAGUUCACUCGUUUCUCCACCGUACUCGCUCCCUGGCUUCGUAAAUAACGUUACCUUCGGGAAGGUGCUCUGUCUUUUUAUGUUCACCUUUAUGAGCUCGAAGACCAGUUUUUCGCUUAGACAACUUCUACUGACUAUUAGAAGCAGAAGACAUUUAUUUUCCAGUUGAAAUGCUUCAAUUUACUGUGCAACGCAAGUCUAGUUGUCCCGGCAUUUCGCUUCACUUUUAGAGAUUAAUCUUCGAUGGAGCACAUUACUUUGAUCGGUCACAUAACACACAAUAGCAAUCCGAGGCCAGAUUCAAGCUCACCAUAUACACUUUAAAAAGGAACCCCAUGCGUUUGAUUUUGCCUAACGCUUACUAUAAACUCGUUCUUAG